CGAGGGAAGAAGAAGCGUAGGAAGUGCGGCACAUUGCAAUCCAAUAAUAAUAGUGCAAUUCCUGCGAUGCGAGGAUGCGUUUUGACUGAUUGAAACGUCCAGUUGCUGAUUAUUAUAUUUUUAGCGAAAUAUUUAUUGAAUGCACUGUCAAGCUGCUUAUACCACAUUGAAAUAUAUAAUAUAGUCUUUGCGGCACCGAGUGCCGAGUCGGUGCACCGACUGAACCGACCGAAUUUAACUGUAAGGAACAGAAGGAGACGUAAACUGUUUACUGUUCACUCGUUUACAUUCGCGUCGAGACGCAGGACUCUCGCAGACCGGGCAGAAGCGACAGAGAAUUGUACUCGGCUAGAUCAGAGGCACAAGUGCGUAGGAUCCAAGUAACUUUUAAGCUUUUAACCUCGGGAGAGUGCGGGAGGUUAUAUUUUGAGUGUGGACUUGAUCAAGGCGAAAACGUACAGCCCUACGCCAACAUUGGGACGGUCAAGGAAAGAGAAAAUCCUGGCGAGGGACGAUCCGUAAACUGAUUCAAGUUAAACGCGAAGGUCCAAGUGGAAUUGUCAGCUCGCUGUGGCGAGAAAGCGAAACGAACCAAAAGCCUUUCCAGGCUGUCUGACGGAUCUACGAAGCCAAACGUAUUGUUGCAUGUUCCGUGGACCUCGCAGGGUUGCCAAUUUGCUUGCAGUACGAGUAAUUUAAUGCCACAUACCAAAGAUGAGCUGGUUGAGAAUAAGCUUUGUUAUACCUAUUUUAAUUUUGGUUUUAGUUAGUAUCACAAGCAGCGAGGAGACUACGGAAGAUCCCGCAACGCAAACAGUACCCGUGGAUGCCUUCGAUGAGGAAGGAAGUAAGCAGGUUCAUACAGACGAAAAGAAUGAGCCUGCGAAAGUGAACGCCAAUGCAGCAGUAAAUGUCACGGAUACUGUCUCGACUAAUACCACUAAAGUGAAUUGCUCGUCGGAGAAGAUUCACGGCCCUGUUGAGAUUGUCAAUACGACAAGGCUCAUGGAGCUAUUGACCUUGGAGCCUGGCCCCUCGAAUCGCUCGAGAAAUGAUAAAGAUGGCAAACAGCUACCGGGAACGUGCGUUUUCGUGUUAUUCUACGCCAGGUGGUGCGUAUUCAGCAGCCAAGCUGCGCCGCAUUUCAACGCGAUACCUCGGUCGUUUCCCCACAUCAAAGCCGUCGCCAUUGAUGCUAUAAAACAUCAAAGCUUCAAUGCUCAGUACGGAAUAGUCGGGGUGCCGACACUGAUGCUGGUCCACAACGGCAAGCCUGUCGCCAAGUUCAACGACACGAUCUACACCCUGGAGUCAUUCGCCAAGUUUAUGUCUCAUCUGACGAACCUGCAGCCGAACGGCUCGCUGUACGUCACGUCGGCGGAUUUCACUGGGCCGGUGUCGAGCACGCCCUCCAACGAGAUGGACUAUUGCCUGGUGCUAUCGUGGAUCUUCAUAGUCGCUUGCGUGCUGUACUUCACGUCGCGCAGCAGAUGGUGGCAGCAAUUCGUCGAGCUCAUUCAGAACACCUGGCUCGAGAGUAACGCGCAGCACGAGCAUGUCGAUUAGGCGCGGGGGGCGGGGACUGAUUGCCGAAUUAUUUAGCCACCGAGAUUUUGUAAACUUGUAAAUAGAGAGAGGAAAUAUAUAAAAAUAAUAUAUAAAUGUAAAUACUAGCAGAGGGAAUUCCGAGAGUUUGCUGAAAUUAAAAUUACUUUUGGUAUCACUGCAAGGUUACUUCAAUUGCGAAUUGCGAUACUUUCUCGAAGUCAAAAUUAGUGAGGAUAAAGUGCAAUUCGUCUGCUUAAUUUUCGCGAUGAAGAAUAUCAAUGUUAACCGACAUCGAGGUCUCGUACGUUUCUUCUUUGGUUUUUACAGACGUUUAAGCUAAAGCGUAAGUUUAUUUGAUGAUAAUAAAACUGCCUGGUCACCGUGCGGAUCGGUUUAUAUUUAAACUCGUCGAUUGGUUUCCAUAAACUGCUCUUAUCGCCUAAUUUGCCUCGCUAGAUUAUACGUCUUUGAAUUUUAUCAUACUUUAUACAGGGUGCGGAAAAAGUAAACAUUUGUGAUACACACCUUGGAGUUUUUAUGUACAAUAUACGUAAAUGUUUAUAAAAAUUGAAGUGCUAUUGCAA